AUGCCAGUUCCAGACCAGCCAUCUGUAUCUGAAAAAAAUAGCUUGCUGAGCCCCAUGCUGACUGCUUCCAAUGGAGAUGGUUCUGAGCCAGAGACCACUUCUGCCAUUCUGGCUUCAGUCAAAGAACAGGAGCUGCAGUUUGAGAGACUAACCAGAGAGCUGGAAGCCGAGCGCCAGAUUGUCGCCAGCCAGUUGGAGCGAUGCAAACUGGGAUCUGACACAGGCAGCAUGAGCAGCAUUAGUUCGACAGAGGAUUCCUUUCGCUGGCACAUACAAGAUGCACAGAAAGGUGCAGAUGAUGAAAUCGCCAGCGGCUUGGAGUUGGUGGACUCUUGCCUGAGGUCCCUGCAAGAGUCGGGAAUACUAGACCAUCACGAAUACUCUUCAACUGAAAGGUCCAAUCCUCUCUCCCAGAGUGCCUCACAGAUCAAUGCCAACCCAGAAGGGUCCUACCAGUACUCGGGCAGUUACCAUAGCAACCAGACCCUCUCUCGAGGUGACUCAACCACAUCGCAGCUCUCUGGGAGGACCUCCAGUGGUCAGAUUGGAGCAGGAGUCGGUAUUCAUAACUAUAGUCAGGUUAACCGUGUUGGUGAUGGUAGUCGUACAUCAGGAUCUGAGAGCUCCCCAUCCCACUCUGCAUCGCAGUCCAGGGAGGCUUUUGUGCAAAGCCAUGGGAGUGCCUUCCGCCUGCCUGACCCUCAGCAUCCAUCUUCAGUCUACUAUGUCAGUGCCACGCUUCCCGCUCAGAGGGUGAGCUCACCCAUGUCCCUGCAGCGCACAGGCUCACCACCUAAGCUCCAGCGAGCGGGCUCAACUGCGGAGAGUGGUGUCUACAGUGCCCAGCGGCUUGCCUCCCCCAAGCAAACGGCCUCACCCAGCCGGCUUUCCAAGUCCUACAGCACAAGCUCCCCGGUCAACAUUGUGGUGUCCUCAGCCGCCCUCUCCCCCUCGCCCCCAGCCAUCGCUGCGACCUCGCCCGCGCACCAGGCCAGCUCAUCCCAGCCCAGCUAUGCCACGCUUUCGCCCACCAAACGCCUUGGCCAUGCAUCUGAUCUGUACGGCAAACACCCACAGGAGCUGUAUGAGCGCUCGACUCUACAGAGGCCCGGCAGCUUGGCAGCCAGUUCCCGUGCCUCCUACAGCAGCCAGCACAGCCACCUGGGCCCUGACCUGCGCCCACUGCAGUCUCCAGAGCACCACAUCGACCCUAUAUAUGAAGAUAGAGUCUAUCAAAAGCCCCCAAUGAGGAGCCUAAGUCAAAGUCAAGGAGACCCGCUGCAGGCAUCUCUUACAGGGACAUAUCGUACUAGUACAGCCCCGUCCUCCCCUGCUGUUGACUCCGUACCCUUGCAGCGCACGGGCAGCCAGAACACGGCGACCUACCAGAGGCCCAGCUAUGCCACCGGCCCGGCAGCCAAUUAUGGGGACCCUUACCGGACACUGCAGUACUGUCCUUCGGUAGAAUCGCCGUACAGCAAGUCUGGACCAGCCAUCCCACCUGAGGGCACAUUGGCACGGUCACCUUCCAUUGACAGCAUUCAGAAGGAUCCCAGGGAGUUUGGUUGGCGGGAUCCUGAGCUGCCAGAGGUCAUCCAGAUGUUGCAGCAUCAGUUUCCUUCAGUGCAGUCCAAUGCAGCAGCCUACCUGCAACACCUGUGCUUUGGAGACAAUAAGAUCAAAGCGGAGAUAAGAAGACAAGGUGGAAUCCAAUUGCUGGUAGACCUGUUGGACCAUCGGAUGCAAGAAGUGCAUCGCAGUGCCUGUGGUGCCCUCAGAAACCUGGUAUAUGGGAAGGCAAAUGAUGACAACAAAAUUGCCUUGAAAAACUGCGGUGGGAUUCCUGCACUGGUGCGACUGCUUCGGAAGACUCCUGACGUGGAGAUCAGGGAGCUGGUUACAGGUGUCUUGUGGAACCUGUCAUCAUGCGAUGCACUGAAGAUGCCAAUUAUCCAGGAUGCACUUGUAGUGCUUACCAACACGAUCAUUAUUCCACACUCAGGCUGGGAUAUUUCGCCUCACCAGGAAGACCGGAAAAUUCAGCUCCACACAUCAAUGGUCUUGCGGAAUGCCACUGGGUGCCUGAGGAAUGUGAGUUCGGCUGGUGAGGAGGCACGGAGAAGGAUGAGAGAGUGCGAUGGCCUCACUGAUGCAUUGCUGUAUGUGAUUCAAUCUGCUCUGGGGAGUAGUGAGAUUGACAGCAAGACGAUUGAGAAUUGCGUCUGCAUCUUGAGGAACCUUUCUUAUCGACUGGCAGCAGAAACAGCCCAGGGACAGCAAAUGGGGACGGAUGAAUUUGACGGGCUACUUUGCAGUGACAGCAACGGGAAGGAUAGCGAGAGCUCAGGUUGUUGGGGCAAGAAGAAGAAGAAAAAGAAAGGCCAGAAUCAGUGGGAUGGUGUUGGACCUCUUCCAGAAGCGGCGGACCCACCAAAGGGUAUACAGCUCUUGUGGCAUCCUUCAAUUGUCAAACCCUACCUCACACUUUUGUCAGAAUGCUCGAAUCCAGAUACCCUUGAGGGGGCGGCAGGAGCCUUGCAGAACCUGGCAGCAGGGAGCUGGAAGUGGUCCAUUUACAUCCGUGCUGCAGUCCGGAAGGAGAAGGGUUUGCCCAUUCUCGUGGAGCUGCUGAGAAUAGACAAUGACCGUGUGGUGUGUGCCGUCGCCACUGCGUUACGAAAUAUGGCCUUGGAUGUCAGAAACAAGGAGCUCAUUGGCAAAUACGCCAUGCGGGAUCUUGUCCACCGUCUUCCUGGAGGCAGUGGCAACACUGGCACCGGCACUGGCACUGGCACUGGCACCAGUGCAAUCAGCAAAACCAUCUCCGAUGAGACGAUAACUGCCAUUUGUUGCGCUUUGCAUGAAGUCAUUACGAAAAAUAUGGAAAAUGCCAAGGCCUUGCGAGACUCGGGAGGAAUCGAGAAGCUCAUCAGCAUCGCCAAGAGUAAAGGAGACAAGCAUUCACCGAAGGUGGUGAAGGCAGCAUCCCAAGUCCUGAACAGCAUGUGGCAAUAUCGAGAUCUGAGGAGCCUCUACAAGAAGGACGGAUGGUCUCAGUAUCAUUUUGUGGCCUCAUCUUCCACAAUUGAGCGGGACAGACAGAGGCCCUACUCCUCCUCACGCACUCCCUCCAUAUCACCAGUAAGGAUGUCCCCGAACAAUCGCUCAGCGAGUGCCCCAGCCUCUCCUCGAGAGAUGAUCAACUUAAAGGAAAGAAAGUCAGACUAUGACACAACCGGAACCAACUCUGGCUACCACGGGAGUAAAGGCGAGCACAUCUCUAGAAAAGAUACUCUUCCAGGUGAGCAAACUGGAACUGGAUCAGGCUACAGGAAUUCCUAUGCUACUCCCGUUGAAGCUACCAAGCACAACCAGGUCUCAUCACAACCUGCUGCACAGGAACCCAGUAGGAAAGACUAUGAUACCUAUCAGGCCUAUCAAAACUCAACAGCAAAUUACGAUGACUCUUUCUUUGAGGAUCAAGUGCACAGUCGCCCAGCGGCCAGUGAAUACAACAUGCAUCUCGGCCUGAAGUCAACUGGCAAUUAUGUUGAUUUCUACUCUGCCGCCCGUCCCUAUAGCGAGUUAAACUACGAGACGAGCCACUACCCGGCCUCACCCGACUCCUGGGUGUAA